CUCCGAUCACCAUCGCUCCAGUCCAAGCGCUUCGUCCUCACAAGCUCUCCCGCGCUGCACCCAGCGAGCCGGCCGACCGGGGCGCGGAGCUCGACCACCCACGGUCGAGAUGGCUGCUGCCGCUUCGACCCCGGAGCCGUCCUCCGGAUGGGACUUCAAAUGUAACUUUGAAGUUGAUUACGGGUCUGAGGAACAGGCAUCCAUUGUCUACAAAACGUUAGCCGUUGACAAGGAGUUGCAACCUGACAAGGUCAAGAGGGAGGUGACUGUUUCUGGUGGCAAGCUUUUCGUGCACUUUGAAGCAGUAGAGGCCCGGUUUCUGCGAGCAUCGUUCAGCGCAUUUGUAGACCUUAUGGUGCUCGUGACCAAGCUUGUCGAAGAAUAUGGUGUGGCCGACUCUUGAUGAACGACCAUGUGAUGCAGAACCUGCCAGCAUUCAGAUUCUGUUUCUGUGAUUUGCUCUGUAAUUGUAAGGCAUAACCUACGAAUGCUGAUACCAAAAGCCUAUGACGCUGAAGCCCUACUUGUAAUGCCAAAUAUCGCUGCAUACUGAUACGAAAAAUCCAACAUUGCUGCAAAAAGUAUAUGCAAAGUUCAUCUGAAAUAUGCCACUACAUUCCUGCAGUGCUGCCUGUUGUGGGCUGGAUU